AUGGUGUCUACAAUUAUGCCACCAACCAUUAACCCAACUCCCUCAAUCAUCACACCCCAUCCUCCAAGUGUUCUAAAACCUUUUGGCACUGGAAGAGAUGGUGAUCCAAAAGUUGAUGGCACACCUGGAAAAGAUGGUGCACCAGGACAACGUGGUACACCGGGAACUCGUGGCACUUUCGGAAAACGUGGUACUCCAGGAACUUGUGGCGGCACACCAGGUACUCCUGGGACACCUGGAACUCCAGGAACACCGGGAACUCCAGGUACACCACGACCUCAUGUCACACAACGAAGAACUCAUGUUACUCCACACCCUCCUAUUGUACCAAGAUAUCGUAGAGCUCAUGGAACACCGGGAAAAGAUGGUGCUCCAGGAGUAGAUGGUACACCAGGAAAAGAUGGUGCACCAGGCCAACGUGGCACACCUGGAACUCGCGGGACUUUUGGAAAACGUGGUACACCUGGAAUGUCUGGUGGCACACCAGGAACUCCUGGGACACCCGGCACUUUCGGCACACCAGGAACUCCUGGUACUCCAAGAUCUAGUAGCAUACCACAAAAUGUUUCCACUCUUAGCAGACCACGAACUAUAAGUAUUGCAGGAGGACCUGGCACACCAGGAACUCCAGGAUUUGAGGGCACACCGGGUGUCCCUGGUGCACCUGGACGCGGUGGUAGACCAGGAACUCCUGGAACACCAGCAACUCCUAGCACUCCUGGCAAACCGGGAACUCCCGGUACUCGAGAAUCUCCUGGCACACCAGGAGCUCCUGGUACACCGGGUAGUCCUGGCACACCAGGAUCACCGGGAACCCUUGCUAGAGGUAGCGAUUUGAAACGAAAAUAUAUAGCUUGGUAUGAAUUGAAGAUGGGUGCUGGUUGGACGGGUCUUGCUUUUGAUGUAGUGACUGGCUGCCCUCUCAUCAAACAAGAUCAUAGGUGGGCUGCAUUUGUUAAGAAACAUAAAGGAAGACCCAUAGAAUUCUUGAAGAGGCCAUUAGCUAAUGAAGAUCUGCUGCAUGCUUAUUUCAAGGGCACUUUUGCAACCAUUAAAUUGGCUAUCUCCCCAUCAAUGGCAAAAAAUGCAUCACUAUUUUCUGAUUAUGAAGAUCAAGAACCCACAGGAGACAAUGAUGAUGAACAAGAUGAUCCUUUAAACUUAACCCCUGAGGAUAAUGUAGAUCAUGAGAAUGAUUCUUCUAGAAUAUCACCUCCUCUAGGAAAGCGUAAGAGUUUGGGGAAACUAGUAAACUUAAUAAAAAGAGAAUGA